GCGUUACUCAUAGUAGGCGCUCCAUAAAUGGUAGUUAAUUUUUAUAAACAGCCCCCUGAGGAAAUUCGCUUGCUGUGCUCCUGCCUGGUCCGGGAGGCCAGUUUAUGCGGCGUUGGGGGCCAAGAGUCGGAUCUCAUGUUCAGCACCCGGCGAGCGCCACUUCGCACUCAUUCAGCCCCAGGCCGGAAUCGGAAGGCGAGGGUCUCAGGAGAAGGGGGAGAUUCUUGCACCCUAGAGUCCUCCACCGGGGAUUCAUUGGGCCCACUAGGCCUCAGAACUCGGGUCCCUUUCGCCUGUAACAAGGGAGCCCGAAACACACGCCGAACUCUGGCGGCGGUUCUUGCUCAGCCACGUCUCGGCGAAUUUCAGUUUCAUUUUUUGGCCACCGCUGCCCCACACCCCUCACAAUCCCGGGGAUACGACCGGUGAUCGUGACGUAGAGGAAAUUCAGGUUCCGAUUGGUUGGCGCGGCUCGGCAGGGACCAAUCCUGGGGCAGGCCCGGGAGAAAUCUCGCCCGGGUGCCGUGGAGAGCCCGGAGAUUGCGGGGCGGGGAGGCGCUGUUGCCCUGGCUGCUGGCAGAGCACCCGGUCCCGGAACACACUGCCGCUGGAGAGAAGCGAUCUUAGACCCGCGUUCGUGGCCCGAAGCCCCGGACCGGAGAAGCCCCCACCAGUGAACGGAGGCUACUUCAUGCUCAGGACACCAUGGCCACGUCAGCCCCACUGCGAAGUCUAGAAGAAGAGGUGACCUGCUCCAUCUGCCUCGAUUACCUGCGGGACCCUGUGACCAUUGACUGUGGCCACGUCUUCUGCCGCAGCUGCACCACCGAUGUCCGCCCCGUGGCGGGGGGACGCCCCGUCUGCCCACUCUGCAAGAAGCCCUUUAAGAAGGAGAACAUCCGCCCUGUGUGGCAGCUGGCCAGCCUAGUGGAGAACAUCGAGCGGCUGAAGGUGGACAAGGGCCGACAGCCGGGGGAGGGGGCCCGGGAGCAGCAGGACGCCAAGCUGUGCGAGCGUCACCAGGAGAAGCUGCACUACUACUGCGAGGAUGAUGGGAAGCUGCUGUGUGUGAUAUGCCGGGAGUCCCGGGAGCACCGACCCCACACGGCCGUCCUCAUGGAGAAGGCUGCUCAACCCCACAGGGAAAAAAUCCUGAACCACCUGACUACCCUCAGGAGAGACAGAGACAAAAUUCAGAGCUUUCAGACGAAGGGAGACUCGGAUAUCCUGGCUGCACUGCAGAAGCUCCAGGACCAGAAGCAGUGCAUCGUGGCCUUGUUUGAGAAGAGCCACGAGUUCCUGAGGGAGCGGGAGCAGCACCUGCUGGACCAGCUGGCGAAGCUGGAGCAGGAGCUCACGGAGGGCAGGGAGAAGUACAAGGCUAGGGGCGUCGGGGAGCUUGCCCGGCUGGCACUGGUCAUCUCUGAGCUGGAAGGCAAGGCACAGCAGCCAGCUGCAGAGCUCAUGCAGGACACCAGAGACUUCUUAAACAGGUAUCCACGUAAGAAGUUCUGGAUUGGGAAACCCAUCGCCCGGGUAGUUAAAAAAAGAACUGGAGAAUUCUCAGAUAAACUUCUCUCUCUGCAGCGAGGCCUGAGAGAAUUCCAAGGGAAGCUGCUGAGAGACCUGGAAUAUAAGACAGUGAGCGUCACCCUAGACCCACAGUCUGCCAGCGGGUACCUUUUGCUGUCAGAAGACUGGAAGUGCGUGACCUACAGCAACCUGUACCGAAGUAACUACCUGUACCCCCAGCAGUUUGACUGUGAACCUGGAGUGCUGGGCAGUAAGGGCUUCACCUGGGGCAAAGUCUACUGGGAAGUGGAGGUGGAGCGGGAGGGCUGGUCUGAGGAAGAAGAGGAGGGGGCCGAGGAGGAAGAAGGGGAAGAGGAGGAGGAGGAAGAGGAGGCUGGCUAUGGAGAUGGGUACGACGAAUGGGAAACAACGGAUGAGGACGAGGAAUCAUUGGGGGAUGAAGAGGAAGAAGAGGAAGAGGAGGAGGAAGUUCUGGAAAGCUGCAUGGUGGGGGUGGCCAGAGACUCCAUGAAGAGGAAGGGUGACCUCUCCCUGCGGCCGGAGGAUGGCGUAUGGGCGCUACGCCUCUCCUCCGCAGGCAUCUGGGCCAAUACCGACCCUGAGGCUGAGCUCUUCCCCGCACUGCGGCCUCGGAGAGUAGGCAUCGCCCUGGAUUAUGAGGGGGGCACCGUGACUUUCACCAAUGCAGAGUCGCAGGAACUCAUCUAUACCUUCACUGCCACCUUCACCCGGCGCCUAGUCCCCUUCCUAUGGCUCAAGUGGCCUGGAACGCGCCUCCUCCUAAGGCCGUGAGCCAUGAUGCCUGCGCUGACCCCACAGCCACAGAUGCUUUGAAUCUAGGGAUUUCCAGGACUCUGCGACCUUGAGGGACAGGGGUGGGGUGGGGAGGAUGUGCUGGCCAGAGCACCUGGAGCAGGGGAGAAGAGGGACCCAUAUCCACUGCCAACCCUUCCUGUCGCUGUGGCACCUCUGAGACUACACUCAGUGCUCUUGCUCCAUCUGUGCUGCCUCUCUCUGGCUCUUCUCGCACCUUCUGUGGGUUUUCUGUGGGAAACAUCUGACCCUAAAACCCAUGAGGUUUCCUUGUCCCUUCUCAUCACUGCCUUUGACCCAUCUCUGCAGUCUUUGUUAACUAAGGGGCUGAGGCCGUGUUCUUGCCCAGGGUGGCAUCCCCUGCCAGCUGGCCCUUGGAGAAUACUAGUUGAUGAUUACACUUGGCUAUUUCACUGUCCUCAAAUCUCACAGGGUCCCUUUGCCCAAGUCUACUCUGCUACCUGCUCUCCCUAGCAUUUUAAACAGACCUGCCCCUGCCCCUGCCCCAACUCAGAGUUGAACACACAUGAAAGUGCUAAAAAUGAGUUGAUUGAAACUCCACUGAGGCAUCCCAGGCCAUUUGGAGCACCAGUGGAAAUCAUUUCGUGAGGUCCAGAGUGGAGCCCAGACCUCUUGGGACUAGGGCUGAGCAUAUAUGGGUUCCGUGACUAAGGAGGUGGCCCUCCCCAGAACCAUCUGUGGUCUUAAGGGGAAGGAGCUGGGUACAGGUGGCAUUGGGGCAACAGUUGUGAUCAUUGCUCAAUAAAUUUUCUCUGUGGAUUGGUCCCCUCUGUGGAGGGAAGUUUUUAAAAGGAUCCUAAAUCUCUGGUUCUUGAUCAAUCCAUCUAAAAACAUCAGGGCGAACCUCCACUACCUGUCUUGGAAGCUUACCACCUCUCUGAUCCAUUUCUCCAAUAGGAUAUUAAGCUUCUGUCACUGGCCCAACUCAACACCCAGGUUUCAUCUUCCUAGGAGAGGACCUGGGGAUGGGAAGAUGAGGCUGUGUGGGGAGAGGAAAGGAAGGCAGCAGGAGUCCACAACGAGGCCACCAGGGCCUCACAUCAAGAGAGGGAUUAAGAUAUCUCAUUGCCCACAGGCCCAACCCGUCUUCAGCCUCCUUGGUCCAGGCUUCCCCUAGCCCUGCCACCCUCAUGCCCGCAGUUCACCACACAAGCUCCUGCUCCAGCCAGACUGAUCUCACGAUCUUUGUCCUCUCCGUUACCCACUGCAAGCUUCCCUGCUCUGCCAGGCCCCUGCUUAUCCAAGCUUUAACCCCUCCCGCUGCUCUAAGAGACUGCAGCAGCUGUGAAUCUCUGAGCCGUUGUCUUGAAUAUGCUCAUGUUGUACAUAUCACACGCUGCCUGAGUCACUAGUACAUCUAAUUUCCACAGCUAGUUUUGUAAGCUCCUUGAGGGCAGAUACCAUACAUUUCUCUUGUAUCCUCCAUGGCACCUAGAGUAGUGCUGGGCACAGAGUAGGUGCUUAAUAAAAUCUUAUUGAA